AUGCAAUCGUCAAUUCAAAAAGAUAAAAAAACUCAAACACUAAAUAUAAAGCAUGAAUCGGAAGUUACAUCACUUUUUUCAACAUUUAAAACAUAUGAAUUAGUGUAUUACAAAACCGAAAACCUUCAAAACCCAAUUCUUGUCAAAAAUCAAAUUCGAAAAGACAUCAAUUCACCAACCAUACCGUCUAAUUUAUGGUGGUCUUUAACAAUCUCAAAUGGUAUAAUUCUAAAUAAAAGCAAAAGUAAAAACAACGAUAACAACGACUCUGAAAUCGUUGACAUAUUAAUUGCAGUAUCAUGUUUCGAAAGUAAAGAAAUGAUGUCCUCACCAUUAUUGUCAUCGCUACAGACAUUAUCUUCAUCUAAAUCACAGCUAAAGGUGCAUAAAUCUUCGUCACCAACACCAUAUUUUUCACCCGAAUCAGUAAGCGACGUAAAUAAAUUGGAAAAUGGUGAUUUUGGAAUCGUGAUUGAACCAAGAACUUGGGUAUAUUCAACUACUCAAGACAAAAGAAUCAUUACUGAUAUCGAUACUAUUGGUGGAGUGGUAAGAUUUUUAGAUAAUAGUGUUACACAAUACACAGUUCACUCUGACGAGGAUGAAGAUUCCAAUUACAAGUUGGAGUUGGUAUUAGUGAACUCUUUGGGAAUUUGUAAAUCUAAUAUUUAUCCAAAAUCAAAUUAUGUAAUUCCGAAAUCAAUCUUUAAUUUCUACGGCGACACCUAUGAAAAAUCAGUAAAAGAAUUCCUAUUUCCACCAGCUACCUAUCUUAAAAUCAAAAAUUUAUUUCAGGGUAAUCCAUGCACAAGACAUUUGGAAAGUUGCAUCGAAAAAAAUUAUUUUUUUUCGGAAGAUUUUAGAGCUGAAAAAAUUGAUAUUUAUAAUUUGAAAACUGGUGAUCUGGAGCUUUCUUUAUUUAAAAAUGCUACCUCAUCAUCAUUAGCAUCCCCGCCAUCAAUGACGAUGAUACCCAAUUAUUUAACCGGGAAUGAAUCAAAUUUUGCCAUUUCCAAAUAUGAAAGUAUGGUCGCAUAUUGUGGUAGUACAAGCAUCAUUACUUUAUAUUUGAUGGAAAAUGGCCUAGAAAUCAUAACAAAACACUUUCCUCGAAUUUCUAGAAUCUUGUCUUUAACUUUUAUCGAUGAAGACACGAAAUUAUUUAUUGUGGCUCAAGAAGAUUUUUGUGGAGAUGAUUAUUUAGAAAAAUCAAAAAUCAUUACUUCAAUUAUAAUUUGGGAUAUUUUUAAUUCUAAUAAUAGUGGUAACUUGUGUCAAAAACUUGAUGUUACUUCAGAUCCUAACUUUUUAAUCUAUGCUGAUGAUAAAAACUUUUUCACAUCAAGUUCUGGUAAAAUUUAUUCCAUAAAUGCGAAUGGCAAAGCGUUCUCCUUAUUAGACCAUCCUGAUAUUUCUGAUUAUCACGAAAUUUACAAGUUGGAUGGUAGUUUGAUCAGUUUAAAAGAUUGUCAAGACAAGUUGAUUGUCAAUAAUGUUGAACCCUGGAUAAAUUAUAAAAAAUACCAUAGGAUUUCGGUGUUUUUAAAUGAUGACAAAACAACUCAACUCAUUAUUGGAUCAACCACAGUUCAGAUCUGGCAAAAAAAGAUUACAAAGGAAAACCAUACCGUGAAAAGAAUUCUUAAAUAUAUCUGGUCAAAUCCUUCACAUAAAGAGUUCGUUGUAGAAUCAAUCGUAGUUGGAAAAAACAAGUUCCAUUUGAAAUUAUUAGAAUAUUCACACUUUUCAUCAAAUAAUUCUAAUCCAAUUGAUAUUCAUAUCCAUUAUCCAAAAAGCGUUAAUACAAUAAAAGAUGCGUGUGGAACACUUGAAUAUCUCUCUAAUCGUAAGAUUGAAUGUAUUGGUCCAAAAAAUAAUCGAAAAUUUGAGUAUUUAUUAUAUCAUGCUGAGAAAUUAGUCUUUAGAAGUUUUGUAAAGUCUCCAAGUCUCUGGAGAUUAAACGAGGUUCGGUAUGAUAUUAUGGCAAAUUUGAUCAGAAGUAAUAGCACCUCACUGAUUAAAAAAAUCUUGUUUAAAGACAAUGAUGAAAUAUUGGGAGACAAAAAUAAGCAAAAAGCCUUAGAAAAUAAUGAUCAACAUUUACAUAUUCCACGUUUAUACGGGUGGCCAAAGGUAAAAAAAUUAACUGAUUUAGAAGUUGCAAUCGAAUGCGCAUGCACUAAAGGAAAGAAUCAUAGACAUACAAUUAUAAUAGAAUUUUUACUGGAAUAUUAUUCUAAUCAUGCAUUGGUAAAUGUAGGGUGGAUGUUUACAGUAAGUCAAGCGAUUCCAUUAUUAUUAUCUAAAAAAAAUCUAGAAAUGUACCUAAAAGGAUUAUUUUAUAAACCAUGUUUUGGAACAAAAGAGGUUUUGAUUGACCAAUGCUUUGUUGAUUCACAUGAAUUGAGGAAAAGUGAACGUGAAGGUAUUUAUCCUUUAAGUGCAAGACCAAGACUAAUACAAAAACUUCCUACAAAUCCUUCCUUAAUGAAAAGAAUCAGUGAUUUUUCAUUUAAAAGAAAUUAUGAAAUAAAGAACUAUAUGGAAGAUGACAAUGAAUUGGGUCAAUUGACAAGCGUCUUUGUAGUCCCGUUACCGGAUUUUCUUCUAUACCCAAAUGGUAUAAAAGAUAAAAAACUAAAGUCAAACAAAUUGCUAUUAAAAUUAUUAAGACUAAUAAUUUGGCCGCGUCAGUAUAUUAUUUCGAAGGAGGAAGAUCGUAGUGCAUUUUUGCGAGUAAUUAGACAUAAAAGAAAUGAAUUGAUUUAUGAUAAUCCAUCAUUGGAAGCAUGUAUUAAAUACAAAUAUCCUUCGGCAAAAUUGUUUUAUGCUAGACAAUUAAUGCUUUACAUAGCUUUUUCGCUUGCAAUAGGACUUCAUCUUAGUGUGAACACCUUCUCUAAUAAUGGAUUUACAAUUCCUGAUGAUGCAACAGAAUAUGCAAAAAUUUAUCACAACCCAAUAAAAAGCACCUCCAUGUUUCUGAUAGUGAUCUAUUUUAGUUAUUAUUUGUUAGCUAUGGAGUUCAUACAAUUCAAACAAGAGAAACUUCGCAAAUAUGCGAAUUUCCAUAAUAUUACAGAUCUUUUAGCAGUAAUACUUCCGUUCGCUGUUUCAAUGGCAAAUUAUGCAUUUACUAUAUUUUCAUAUCUGAAAUCAAUGGAGUUUAUAAAUCAAGGAAAUUCAAAUUCAAAUGAUCUAAAAAAAUUUCUAGAAGUAAGAUUUGAUUUAAUUCGAAUAAACAAAUAUAUUGUAAUUGGCGAUUCUUUUGUUGUAUUGAUUUUAUGGCUGCAAUCUUAUGUUAAAAUUACUUGUCAAGUUGGUUUCCCACCACAGAUUGGUGGUCGUGCUCGCAGUUAUAAACAUGCAAGUGAUUCUUUUAUCAAAGCAUCAGGUAUUGCUACCGCAAUAACUGACGGCCAUGAUCACAGUUAUAGACAAGCUGUUAGAUCGGGAGAAUCUGAUGAACCUGAUUCUCCUACUACUGCUACUAAUGUCAUUAAAUUUUUUUCAAAUGCGCAUGCUCAAUUUAAUGACCAUUUUUUUCAAAGAGCUCUUGAAGAAAAUGAAAAAAUGCCCAAUGCAAUUUCCACUUCUUAUAUUGAUGAAUUUGAUCAAGAAGAAUUAACAGACGAAGAAUACUUUUUAGGCCUUUCAGUUGCUGACAUAAUAAAUUUAAGUGAUAAAAAAACAUUGGCAGAUGAUGAAAUGGUUGCAAAAUUAAAAAAAGAAGCAAAUUCUAAUCCACCUCCUUGUAUAAAUUCUGCAUACCUUAAAAGAUGGUUCAAUUCAGUAUAUGAAAAUGACAUAGAAAAUUCAUUAAAAAAACUAAAAAAAGACUUUGAUGUAAUUGAUGGAUUUGAUACAAGCGAAUCAGAUCUUAUUAAAGACAUCAUUAGAAUAAAACUUUUGCAAUUGAGAGCAGAUCAUGGCAAAAUCAAUAAGCAUAUAGAUGAAAAUACAUAUACAUCUAUAUUAAUUUCAAUGGAUUUUGAAUUUCUCAGAUUGCAUUUUCCUGGUUUAAUAUCCUCAAGCUGGAAUGAGAAUGAGGUACCUUCUUCAAAGUGGCGUCGUGAGAAAAUAUAUAAUGACAGUGAUGCAAUGGCUCGCAAAGCAGAUGGCAUAUUGUUUAAUUACAAUUGUCGUGAUCAAGAACUUUUCAUUUUUGAAAAUAUUGGCCCUCCAGAAAAAACAAAUAACCCAAAAUAUUUAUCUGACAAGUUGAAGUGUUUUAGAAAUUGUGCCGACUCUAUUUUCAAAACCUUUUAUAAUGGAAAUGGCAAUAUUAAAUAUGCUUCAAAAUUCUAUGUUUUAGCAUAUAUAGUGUAUAAGACAAAAGGAGAGCUGUUCAGAGUAAAUCUGGCAGCUCCAGAAACUUUUGCUGUAGAUAAAAUAAUGGAGAUUGAAUAUCCAUUUGAACAUGUCAACAUCAUUAAUAUAAUAAAAGUUAUAGAGCUUGUAUUCAUGGUAAAGUUCUUAAUCUCUGUAAAAAAUGCUAAAGAUAAUCGAGAAAAAUAUGAAGGAAUAAGUCAAAGAAUAGAAACAACCACAACUUUGGGGGAUUUAGAUUUUACAAUCAAUAUAGAAAAUUACAAGUCAAUUGAAAAUUUAGGCAAUCAAGUACAAGAUUUGAAUGAUACAGUUCGAAAGGAUGAAUUGGAAGCAACUUUAGCAAUCUUGAAUAAAUUACAUUCAUCAGAUAGUAUUAUAAAAUUUCAUGGCACAUCAUGUGUUGGUAGUGAGAGUGUAUUAAUAUUUGAUUGGGCACAUAUGGGAAAUUUAAAAUAUGUAUAUGGAGAAUAUAACAAACAAAUAAACUGA